GCGUGCGAAUCGACAAACUGCUCCUGGCGCAUUUUGUGCGUGUACGUGGUUGUGUCACCACCCUCCCGACGUCUUCCGCGAAGCAGCCGGAGCCGGAAUCGCAUUCGUCGUGUCGGGCGGCCCGAUGGACCUUUCUCCGGAAACCGUCGGGGCGUCGGGGCGCGUCCUGCAGCCGUUCGCACACCUCGUGGGGGGCCACGCGUGCGUCCUCCGCUUCAACGACGCCACCAUCUGCAAGCCGCUGCUCCAGCGCGAGCACCAGGUGUACGAGAGCCUGCCGCCCGACAUCGCACGCUUUGCGCCGCAGUACAAAGGCACUGUGUCCUUGAACAUCGAGGAAAGGAAUGGCGAGAGGUACUUUGUCAACUACCCUCAAGUGGACAACACGGAGGACACCAGGAGAUGCGAGCAGCAGAAUGGACGUGAGGGCGGCACGAAUGGCGGAAUGGAUUUCGGCCCGGACGCUCCUCCCGCUGAAAAUGGCAGUGACGUCCGCAACAAAGACUUCUGCGCGCGGAUAGAACGCCUGCAGACAAAGUUCAAGGACCAGAACCAACACAGGUUCAUCCUGCUGGAGAACCUGGUGUCCGCGUACGUGGCGCCGUGCAUCCUGGACCUCAAGAUGGGCGUCCGGCAGUACGGAGACGACGCGCCCAAGGACAAGAAGGCCCUGCACACGCGCACGUGCCAACAGAGCACGUCGUCCGUGCUGGGCGUGCGCGUCAGCGGCAUGCAGGUGUACCACGUGGACACACGGCAGUACGUGCACAUGGACAAGUACGUCGGGCGCAAGCUGUCGGUGAACGGCUUCAAGGAGACGCUGACCCAGUUCUUCCACAACGGACAGCGCCUGAGGAAGGACCUUUUGGAGCCCGUCCUGCGCAAGCUCUCGGAGCUCAGGGUGGCGCUGGAGCGCCAGGACUCGUACCGCUUCUACUCCAGCUCCCUGCUCAUCAUCUACGAGGGCCAGGAGGAGUGCCGAGUGGGCAACGGGCACGGCGAUGGAGCGACGGGCGCGUUGGCGGCGAAAGUGGACGUGCGCAUGAUCGACUUUGCUCACACGACGUGCCGGACGUUUCUAGACGACCCAGUGGCUUACGAUGGGCCGGAUGAGAACUGCAUCAUCGGGCUGUGCAGCUUGAUCCGCUUCCUCUGUCAGGUGAAGCAAGAGGCCGAGAACGUGGCCGUCAACGGCCACGCGCACGAGACGAGCUCGGCGCAGCUGGAUCCGGCAUCGCUGUGUACUCCAAGCCGGUGACCCGGCGAGGGUAGGGGAAACCGGUGCACGGCCAGUGCUGUCCGAAUGAGUUCUCUUCACCGAGGAAAAAAAAUAAUACGGUGUUCUCAAGGAUUAAAAGACACUCCUGAAAGCGAGACUUGGGCCCAGUGUCAGUAGAAGUACGCAAAUCUGGUCACCCACACCCCCCCCCCCAACACAUUAGUUUGUUGUCCUUCCGCCGCACCUCCGAUUAGCGCGGUUGGCUACGUACGGUGCGAAAGAAGUUAAACAAACAUCCACUGGAUUUUGAGACUCGUCCCCAAACUUCAGAUUUAAAUUACAGGGGGGGGGCACAGUGUGACUUAUGAUCCAUAGAAUACGGCGAUUGUAGCAAGUGUACAACUCAUGUAAUUUUAAUAUUUGCACGCCUCAUAGAAUAGCAUUUUAACUCGAGGGCUGAAACGUUUAAGCUACCAAAAAAAGCAAGUCGGGGAAGUAAGCCAUGGUUACGGUGUACAUCGUUGUGGUUGUGCUGCAUAGGGGGAGCGGUGGUGCAGCGGUUACGCCGCGCUACGAACCCGGCGACCCGAAUUCGAUUCCCGCUCACGGCCAACACCGGUGACGAUUAACUGAACCGGUCCUGGGCCUCCCCUAGGUCGACUCGGCCUCAAGUGAGUACCUGAUGUGAUGUGUAAAAACAUCGCCACUGGGGGGGGUGGGGGGGGGAGGAGACAAAGGCGGUCGGGCGUGGUGCUGGCCACCCACUCCCUACGUGUGCCGUGCCGUCCUUCGUAUGUGCUCGCUUAACAGCACUGGACCCAACGGUCUGUUAGGGCUAUACGGGGGGGGCGGCGGUCUUUGUCUUUAGCAGCGUAGUGCUCUGGUGUGGUGUGCGCUCGCGUUGUGGCGCGUGUUGUUCGUCGGGAACUGAACGCCCCGGAAACGCCUCCCGGCCGCGUGCAGCCACAAUAUGUUGGACAUGGCGCCACCAUUGCUCUCAAAUUUUUCGCAUCUUUUUGGACCUUGAACGAUGCUUUUGCAACGAAAGGGCAAUUGCACAAAUCCUAACACACGUUAAUGUAUCCUGCAAAUUGUACGGCUUUCUGUUCCAAGUGAGGGCGCUUAAUGUUCUGCUCAAGUAGUCAUAAGUUCUGCUCAUCACCGAGGCUUACACCUGUGCGUGGCGUUUUUUGUAAAUGUAAGUCGCGAAACAUGUCCAGUGUCAACGUUAGUUAACAUCACUGCUAUUUAUUACAGAUUUAAAUGUUUCACUCUGCAAAGCUUCAUUGAGCCUCAGAAUGAGUGUUUAUUUCAGGAUGACCUUGUUUGGAAGGUUUGGGCCAAUUUAACUGCGAGUGUUGUUAAGCAUGGGAGGGAACCCAAUGUCUCAGGAAACCCUAUAAUUAGUUUUGUUUAAAUACAUUAAUCUACGUUAAUGUUACAAAACUGUGCUCGACAACCAAGCAUCGUAAUAGAAAUGAACAUGUGGACUAACGCCGAAAUCGGGUCAAAUAUUUCCAUAAUUUCAACUUUUAACACUUGUAUUUUCUUGUACUUCGAAUAAUACGAAUCCUGUGAAGCUCUCGGUUCACGUAAACCUGAGCUGGAUACAAACCUUGUGAUUGAGAAACCUUCAACAUCCCCCCCCUCCCACCAUGUUUAACUUUGAAUGCCCCUGAAACUGCAGGUGUGCAAUAUUUGAUCUGGAAUGGUCCAUUUAUUGCCAGGGGAGAGGGGGGGAUGAGAAGGGAAAUGGACUUCCGUGUACAGAGUGAACUAGUGAAAUGUGCUACUUUAAGAUAUGAAAAAAACAAAGCAAUGUCGACAUCGGAUGUAACUUUUAAGACUACCUGGUACUAACAGAUAUUUCUUUCAAACUGCUUUUCGUGUUUAGUUUGUUGUCUUUCCCCCGCACCUCCGAUUAACACGGGUUGGCCACGUACGGUGUGAAAGAAGUUCUACAUACAUACGAAUAUAAUUGGUAGAAAAUUACCGAGUAGGUUUUUUGUCGUUGUGUUGUAAAAAUGUCAAACGUAUUUUUCGAGUCGUGCAGCCUGUUUGGCACAAUGGCCGACGUUUCGCUCCACGUGUUCGGAGCUUCUUCAAACACCCGAAGCUCUCGGCACUUGGAGAGCAUUGUCGCACAUCGUGCUAAACGACGGAUCCGAGGGCUGUCGAAUUGCAUACACAAGUUACAUACGUUUCACAUGAAAGUAAAAAGAGCGAUCAUAAUAUUUUUACCGAUUUUUUUUUCCUAUGCAAACCUCUCCGUUUACAUGCACUGUCAACGUGUGAAUUGCCAUUUUUGAUUAAUGCGACUUGUUCGUUACUUUACUCGUUGAACCAAUAAUUGUUUUUUUGGGAGUGGACCUCGUGACACCGCACACAAACUCCUCAGUCACAACGGGAACACGUGCAGCGGUUAUGACGUCAUCCGACGGCAUUUACAAAAUGGCGGUAUUUUCCUUUUGAUUGCUAAUCUCCCGGUGACGGCAGAAGACAAUUGGCGCCCCAAGCGAGGCAUUUAAGCCACCGAUCCUCUACCCCCGUGCUCGUGUCCCGCCCUACCCUGGCCUGGCUAUGACACGGCACCGACUGGUCAUCCACCCUGGGCUAUGAUUCGAGGUUUUUGGAAUGGCCGACCAGAGUGUGAAGAUACGCAUGAAUGAACGUAAAGAGAGUGUAGAUGGCUCACCGAUGUGAAGACAUGCCAAGACGGUCUUGGUUGUAGUCUGUGGAAUGAAUGUGCCUUCACAACGAACCGCUGCCGAUCUUUAAAUGAACAGGCAGCUCGUGUGCAAUUUGUACAGUGGCCUAUUCAUCUGGCACGUCCACAGAAAUGAAAGGAUUGUUGACAGAGUUUCACACACAAAGCAGGUGGCUUCUACUCUUGAUGCAUCGCUUGAACGAUUCACUUCAUUGAAUAUCGUCUUACAUUCAGGAUGCACAUGUUAAAGAGUGUGAUCAUUUGUUUUUUUUUGUUACGCUGCAUGCAAAUAUUCACGGUAUGCUGUUACAAAUGAAGGUGCAGCGAGGGAAGAGGUCUGCACAAACAAGACGGUCAAACACGCGAAACAAAUACCAUCUGAGAUGUUACAAACGAUGUAAAAUUAGAACCGAUUCUUGAAUGGAAAGACGACCCUGAAUGACGACUAUCCCAUUCGCUGUCGGGGUGAAUGAUUCUAUGCUUACUCUUUAACUCUUCUUGGUUCUUUCGGUAAAGUCACGUCGAAUGUAAAUAAUAAAAUAAUAAAAAUAAAACAUAAUAAAAUAUAUAUUAUAUUAUUUUAUAUUAUAUUAUUUUAUUAUGUUUUAUGUUUAUUAUUUUAUUAUUUCCAUUCUAUGUGACUUUACCGAAAGAACCAAGAAGAUGAAUCCCUGCAGUCACGAAAGCUUUAAAUCGAAAUUUUACUCUUUAACUGUUUAGAGAUGGUAAAGAUAAGUAGACUAAUCUUCAAAAAAAAUAUAAGAGUGGAAUAUUUUUAGCAAGUAAUUGUUUUUAUUUCAUCUCGCGUCGUCUAUUCCACGUGGUUAAAGGUUAAUUAAGUUAUCCAUUUAAUGCACCGUGUUGAAUGUUAAUGUUUGGUUGACAUUUGUUAAAUUCGUCCUCGGCUUAAGUACUCGCCUUGAUUUCAUUUUAAACGGUGACGGAUACACUCCUAUGUUCUCAUUUCAGUGUUUUAUAAAGUUAAAUACCGACAUGCGCUGCAUUGCAGUUACAUUGUCAGGGUGGUGGCCACCCAUUAUUGCCAUGGGCUGUGUUUUACAUACACAUCGACUCGGCAACCUGUAUGAAGUUGCCAAGACUAUUGAAUGAAAGUGGUUUAAAAUGUGCAAAUGUACAGUAAUAAACAUCUGUAAUUAUAUUCUUGGUUCUUUCGGUAAAGUCACGUAGAAGGGAAAUAAUAAAAUAAUAUAUAUUAAACAAUAAAAAUUCUCACGACAUUUCGACUGCAACACAAGCAAUCAUCAUUAGGUGUGAAAUCCACAGCAAGAAAAUUUGAAAAAAAAGUGGCGGUUUGUCCUAACGUCAGCACCACAGACAGCGAUUUGGCAGUUGCUGUGGAUUUCACACCUGAUGAUGAUUGCUUGUGUUGCAGUCGAAACGUCGUGAGAAAUUAUUAUUGUUUUAUAUUUGUAUUUUAUUAUUUCCCUUCUACGUGACUUUACCGAAAGAACCAAGAAUAUAAAUCCCUGCAGCCAUGAAAGCUAUAAAUCAAAAAUCUGUAAUUCUGUUUAAUGCGUAACGCUUGGUUUUAGACAAGUUAAUGAUUCAUGCCAAUUGGUCACGUUUGUAUUUGCAAUUAUCAUCCAAAUAAAUCAACAUUUUCAUUGAA